UUUAUGGUCUGGACACACAAAUCCGAUCUGAUCACUUGCAAAUAACAGUGCGGUCAGUCUGAAGAAAGAUGUUAUUGAACAUUAAAAAGAGCUGUCCCACUGCAGCACUGCAUCGCAGCUGCACUUCCCCCCUCAGUGACGUCACACCGGACAGCUCAUUCAGGGGGCGUGUCCAGCAGAAAUCCCACAGCCAGGCUCAGAUGUAGCUGCAGCUCUGCGAGAGGGAGAGGCAGGGAGGAAGGAAGAGUUUGAGCACAUUGCAGAAGGAGUGCAGCUAUGGGGAACGCACAGGACAAACCCCCGGGCAGCGGAGGAGGGGGAGGUCGAUCGGAUCAGGCCACAGCGGGGAGCGGGACGAGAAGCCGGGGUGGAGGCAGCGUGGAAAAGCCCCAGACUCGCAGAGCGCCACAGAAGGGGGUGGUCAAUGGCACUCAGAGAGAAAACAGCCCUGCUGGUGGACAAGUGGAGCGGGGCACCCCUGCAGUGGACACAAGUUACCUGGACGCCCCUGCUGGGGCCCUUCCUCCUCACCUGGCCCGGCUCAAGAAUGAAGGGAACCACCUUUUCAAACACGGCCAGUUUGGGGAUGCCGUGGAGAAGUACACACAGGCCAUUGAUGGAUGUGCUGAAGCAGGCAUCGAUAGUCCGGAAGACCUGUGUAUUCUCUUCUCCAACAGAGCAGCCUGUUACCUGAAGGAUGGAAACAGCACAGAAUGCAUACAGGACUGCACCAAGGCUUUGGAGCUGCAGCCCUACUCCUUGAAGCCCCUGUUGCGCAGAGCUAUGGCCUAUGAGUCACUGGAACGCUACAGAAAGGCCUACGUGGAUUAUAAGACCGUCCUGCAGAUAGACACCGGGGUGCAGGCAGCUCACGACAGCGUCCACAGGAUCACCAAGAUGCUUAUUGAGCAGGACGGACCUGGGUGGAGGGAGAACCUUCCAGAGAUUCCCACCGUCCCUCUGUCUGUCCAGCAGCAACACAGAGAGAAACCGAUCAGCGUCGAAGUGGCUCAAGCCCGAGCCGCCAGGGUUGUACAGGAGGAAGUCAGAAGAAAAGAGGCCCGCUUUACUUUACUGAAACGGGAAGGCAACAAUCUGGUCAAGAAAGGCCUCUUCCAGGAGGCUCUGGAGAAGUACACUGAAUGUCUCAUCCUUAAACCUGACGAAUGUGCUCUCUACACGAACAGAGCCAUUUGCCUCCUGAAACUGAAUCGCUUUGAAGAGGCCAAACAGGACUGUGACUCUGCACUGCAGCUGGAGCCGGGCAACAAGAAAGCCUUCUACAGGCGAGCCCUGGCUUACAAGGGUUUACAGGACUACCUGUCGGCCAGCAGCGACCUCCAGGAAGUCCUCCAGCUGGACCUGAACGUUCGGGAGGCCGAGCAGGAGCUUGAGGUGGUGACGAACUUGCUGAGACAGAGCCUGAUGGACAACACUGCACACACGCCAAGGGUUUGAUGUUUGUUUGGGGAGCAAUAUGGAGGCCGAGGAAUGAAACAGGUGUGGACACAAACUGUACUGUAGCAGUUAUGGAGGAAAAGGACUUUUAAAGCCAUCAACUGUUGUAAGUAAGACCUGUAAAAAUAGAAAUGACUGGCGUUGACUCCUGGGACGGGCUCCUUGGACGAUCAGCUCUCUUUCAGCUCUGCACCAUCCGCAAUGUGAGCAAACUACACCAUAACUCCUGAGUACACAACCUUACAUAAUGGGCAGCUUUAUUUAAAAAGGCUAAUGUCAAGGUACUCAUGACCUGCUUGCACUAUAAAUCAUUCACAUUAUGAUGUAAUGUACUGUAUAUACAGAUUUGUGUAACAGGCCGCAGAGCGCUGUUAUGUGGUGGAGUAACACGGGGAAAGUAAGAGUGUAUUAUGUGUGCCUUAUCGAGAUUUCUACCACAGUUCGGAUGAAAUACGCCAAGAUUAAAAGCUUUAUUUUGAUUUGUUUUAAAGAGGUUGUGUUUGGUUCCAAACUGAACUCAUUACAAAAGCACUGACAGGGAAACAGAUUCAACUCAACGGAAUGUAUCCAGGCUAUUCCAACACUCAUUGUUUACAUGUAAUAUCAUUACAGCUGCUACUUAUUAAAAACAGAUAAGCCAACAACUUAAUAUAAAACAUUUCUACAGCUAAAGAGCCUCUAAAGUGAGGUGUUAUGACCUAACUAAAAUUUAAGAUGGUAAAAUGAUUUAAAAAUCCCCCAAAAUCCUGAGCUCAGUGCUGAAGUCAUUGCUAAUUACAAAAUGUCACCUCAUUGGUUUAGUAAACAUCCAGCUACUUGUUAGCAUUACAGGUCACUUAAUCAUGUACUGUAAGACUUAUUGUAGGUCUCAGGUUCAAUCUUGAAUGUAACCAAGAUGACUGUGUGUGUCUUUGUGUGUGAAUAGGUGUACAGUAUUUACAUUUGGAAAGUCUCAUCAAAAUACUAAACUGUUUAAUGCGUCCUUGGUGACCCUUCCAGCUCCAACAAGGAACUAGGCGAGGAUGUCCGUUUUCACUCUUUCACUCUUGUUCAUAGAAACCUCUCACAGCCUCCAUUCAACAAAAAUCAUAUAUACACUUGGUAUUAAACAGACAGUCAGAGCACAAGAAAAGUAAUCAGCAGGGCGACAGUUGAUUUGACCCCAGGCAGCACAGGCUGAUGUACUAAUACAGCUUGGUGUCUGGUUUCAUCAUCAACUGGUUCAACAUUAACAAAAACAUACGUGGGAUGCUGCAGGUUGGGAACCUUCACCUUAAGAAAAUAGCCACCAACAUUAAGUAUUUCCGAGUUCAGUCUGAAUAAACUUUAUACACGUAACUUUUACCCACUUGUUCUGACAGUCAAAGAAAACUGGAACGGUUAAACAAACUCCUCAUUUGGUGGAAAUAUUAGCGGUCAAGAUGAAAAUUGUCUAUUAAGGUUAACUAGCUUUUUUUCUGUCAGUCUACCCACCCUCAGACUGGAUUAAGAAAAUAAACAACUCCAUGAGAUCUUUAAGUGUAUAUGCAGACUUUUAGCCCACAUUUUAAAGCCCUACAGCCACAGUCCACUUACACAGGUGUUUUCACUUCAUUUGCCUAAUUAGAGCUCCCCACAGGUCUGUGUGGAUGUGUACAGACAGUGCUUGAUUGACAGCUAUCUGACUGGGAGGGACAAAUUAGACUAGCAGAGGUCUAAUUUACCAAAAUAACUGAAAACACAUGUGAGGGUGUACAAGGCCUUUUAAAUCUGUCUCUUACCCAUACCUAUGCUUUUUAAAUAUACCAUGUCAGCCCUAUAACACACAAAAAAAGUAAGUCUUUGUAUAGCACAAUGUGCCACAACUUUUAUUUCUUUCCUACCUAGAGGUAUUAAUGUAUUAAUACACUUUGUCCAAUCUUAUUUAACCUAUCACCCAUUAUUUCCCUCUUGUAUGUCAUAAAAUCUCAACUAAAUGAAAACACUUGAUAGGCUUUAAGUGUUGCUUCAUGGAAUGUAAGAGCAUGUACUGUAUGUAAAUAAUAAACUACUAUGUGGAUGCUUUAA